CUAAUUUGAUCAGCAGAGCUAGUUCCUAGUAGUAUAUGUAUAUCUGACCUCUUCAAUUACUCACAUCUCUACGCUGCCGAGGAUAUAAUGGACGCAAUCGUCUACAUUGUUCGCCAUCAUAUAUCUCAAAUAUCUUAGAAUUUGUCAAAGACUUUACACAGCGUAGAAUUUGCAGAAAUGAGAUUGAAGUCUGCGUUUGCCAAAGAGGCUUAUAAGGGCCGAAGACUUCUUUGGCACGCUGCAAAAGUUGUUGGCAUCGCCAACGAAUACCUAGUUUCAGCGCCAAGUGAGAUUAUUCGCGUCUUUAUGGCUUACACCUUUAUCAUGGCCUACUCUACAUAUGGGUCACGUAUUACAAGUACCACUGGUGACAAAUUACCACUUCGGUUGGACCUUCCCUGCCAUGAGGAUACAGCUCGAAGGUGCUCUGUUGUGGAUAGGAUUAGCACUGGAGGGCCGGCAGGUUUGGGGUCCAUUGAGAAUGUGUAUAGCGAUAGGUGUGUUUCUGCUUUGAGUCGUGACGCACAGAUUAUAAUGCAGCGAUUAGGAUGUUGGGUCAUGGAUGAGAAAUUUAGCAAAAUACUGCGUAUUUUUGAGAGCAAAGAGCUCUAAAGAGAAUGUAUAUUGCACAAAUUAUAUAGCUCUCUUUAG